GUCCUUGCAUUUUCCUCGGCUACUGUCCCCAAAGGAGUGCUUACAAAUGCUUUGAUUCACUCACUAAUCGCCUAUUUCUUUCUCGCCAUGUGCAUUUUGUUGAAGAAGCAUUUCCAGGUUACUCCUCCCCAGCUGCUCCUGCCGUUCCCACUCCCGCUACUUGGCUAUUCGAUGCCACCCCACCCAUCACCUAUCUCCCAGGCGCUCGGCCCACACCACCUAUGCUCAGCCCAGCCCCGCCUGGGCUCAAUUCCUCCUCUCCAUCGGCUCCUCUCAGCGCAGACUCCUCCUCAACAUCGACUGGUUCUACCCCGGACACUGGGCCGUCAUCUGGGCCUGCCACUACACCGACUAGGCCUCCCCCACCUCAGCCCGUGCAGCCUUCUCCUCUGGCCCGCUCCCACAGCAUGACUACUCGGGCUCAACAUGGGAUCUUCAAGCCCAAACGGCUCUUAUUGCUUCAGCGGGCUCCUCGUCUGCUUCCUCCUCACCACCACUGGAACCUACUUCUGUGAAAGAGGCACUGCUCUAUCCCGAAUGGUUCGCUCCCUCACUGCAGAAAACCAGGCUCUUCAUGCCAAUGAGACGUGGGAUCUCGUGCCUCGCCUCCCCCAUUACAAUGUCCUGGGCAAUAGGUGGGUCUAUCGAGUAAAACGGGAACCCGAUGGCUCUAUUGCACGGUUCAAAACUCGCUUGGUUGCCAAAGGCUUUCAUCAACGCCCCGGUAUCGACUUCGGCGACACCUACAGUCCGGUCGUCAAACCAGUUACGGUGCGCAAGGUACUCACUCUCGCCCUAUCUCACCAAUGGUCCAUUGCCCAUUUCGAUGUCAAUAAUGCCUUCUUGCAAGGCCCUUUGGAGGAUGAGGUGUACAUGCUCCAGCCCCCUGGCUUCAAAGAUCCGAACCGCCCCAAUCAUGUCUGCCCCCUUAAACGCGCCAUUUAUGGGCUUCGGCAGACUCCUCGCGCUUGGUACAAAGCUCUCAGUUCAUUCCUCCUUGAUUUUGGCUUCACUAAGACGAUCUCGGACUCAUCCCUCUUUGUAUACAAGCAAGAUGAUGCCCUGCUCUAUUUUCUCGUCUAUGUCGACGACCUGUUACUCACCGGCAAUAAUGAUCAGCUGCUUGCCUCUUUUCGUGAGGCUCUAUCCCACCGUUUCUCGUUGAAGUCCUUGGGGGAUGUCUCCUAUUUUUUUGGGUAUUGAAGUCAUACCAACUACUGAUGGCUAUCUGCUCUCCCAGCACAAAUAUAUACAUGAUAUUCUCGCUCGGUUUGAUAUGCUUGCGGCAGCCCCCACCCCGACUCCAAUGGCUUCCACAGUAGCCUUAUCUCUCACCGACGGCAGCCCUCCCUCUGAAUCCACUCGGUUCCGUCAGAUUAUAGGGGCCCUACAAUAUCUAGUAUACACGAGGCCCGAUAUCGCAUUCUCCGUCAACAAACUCUCCCAAUUCAUGCACUCUCCUUCUACUUCCCAUUAGCAGAGCUUAAAGCAUUUACUGCACUAUAUCACUGGCACAAUUCAUCAUGGUCUCAUCAUACAUCGGUCGCCCCAGCCCCUAGCUCUCUCGGCCUUUGCGGACUCCGACUGAGCUGGCAACUUGGAUGGUCGCUCCUCCACAUCGGCUUACCUUCUCUACCUCGGCUCCACACUGGUCUCCUGGCGGUCGCAAAAACAGCGUACUAUCGCUCGAUCUAGUACAGAGGCCGAAUACCGAGCCAUAGCUCAUGCUAGUGCAGAAAUUGAGUGGCUACAAAAUCUCCUAUAGGAACUUCAUCAUCCUCUACAGGCUCCUCCCACACUAUAUUCUGACAAUCUCGGUGCCACAUAUUUUUGCUCCAAUCCAGUUUUUCACUUUCGUAUGAAGCAUCUGGCAUUGGACUACCACUUUGUCCGUCAACUAGUCCAGGACGGUCGCCUAGUGAUUCGCUACAUUCCCACCGCUCACCAGUUGGCCGACGUCCUCACCAAGCCCCUUCCCGCGGCUCGAUUUCUUCUUCUACGGUCCAAGAUCGAUGUUGUUGACACAACGUCCGUCUUGCGGGGGCGUAUUAGAGAUAUAUAAAUAUUUUUCUUCUUUUUGUAUUUAUUUACUUCCACUCUCCUUUUCGGUUCCUACUCUUGUGGAUAGUGGCUUGCAUCUGUUGCAACGUCAAGCUAUUUUCUCUCCUUACUUCUGUAUAUUAAAUCAUGGAAUUAUCAAUGAGAACAACAACUCAGAUUUCCACAAUCUCUGAAACUCUACACAUUUUUGCAGUGGCAGAGGCAGCAUUUUAAACCACCCCUGUUCUCGGUGGCGGACCCAGGAAUUUUACUUAGGAGUGUCAUCUUUUAAAAAAUAAAUUAAAUAAAAAUAAAAAUUUAUA